GCAACGAGGGUUGGCGGAGGGAGCCCGUGUGGACGAGCGGUUAUUUCAAGCGACGACUCUUCUGGCACUUCGCCCCGAGCUUUCCUCGAGCGCAUCUACCGUUGGUGUCAGUGUCGCGACGGCAGUUGCAGUCAGUCAUUUUCGACCGCGAAGGUGUUAUCUCGCGAGGGUGCUCGAUUCGCAACCCCCAGUGCUGGACCGGCCGACGAGAUCGUUGGAUUAUUCGAAGUGUGACUUUCGGUUGUUCAGUGAUAGAGAGUGCGUUCGGGGGUGAAAGGAAUUGAUUGACGGUACUGUCAAGUGUUCGAAGUCGCCGCGAAGAGGAUGGGACCAGUACGGAACGAACAAGAGGAUUUAUAACGACGCUUAGCUCGCCUGAAAUAACAGGAGGAAUGCGCGCGCGGUGAAUCAGCUUCCUCCGCGGGAGAAGCGAAUUUCCUGAGCGGCGCGCCGCGGAGACCACGCGAUUCCAGGAUCGAGCAGAGAGGAUCGUCUUGACUCGGAUCGAGUGAGGAAAGCCAGAACCACGGCUCCAGAAAAGGGAUCAACAGCUUUUCUCGGAAGGAUAGGCGAUCGCCGCUGAAAGCCUCUCAUGCCGCGCCACUAGUUACCGGUACAUCUGUUGUUGAAGAAGUCGGGAUGGCGAUCGCGAAAUGUCUGAUCGUUGCGAUACUCAUGAUCCUGCAGAUCGAUCGAACCAUCCAAGGACAACUAGUUCGAUUAGAUCUAGAACAUCCCGACGUGAUGAUGGUAUCGAUCGGUGAGAAGCUGAUUCUACGAUGUUCGUCGAGCUCGAACGCAGAAACGACCUGGUACAAGGGCGACGAAACCUUCCGGCCGUCGUCGCCUAGAAUACGGCUGAUGAAGCAGUCCUUGAGAUUCAAGUACAUCGAACCCGAAGACUCCGGCUCGUACGGUUGUCUGGUCGAAUCGAAUGGGAUGCUCGAAUGGAGGAACGUGACGAUACGAAUCGAGUCGUUACAGAACGAUGGCUACCAGCACGAGACCGAGAAGCUUGCCAGCACCCUGGCUGCUCACAAACCCGAGGAGGAGACUAACGAAUUGGAACCCGAACCGAGAACAAUUGUAAUGAUCGUAGACUUGCCAGAAACGCGUUCGUUACACUUGGACAGCGAGAACGUGGACAGCGACCUGGACAAUGAGAAAAACGAGAACGAAACAGCCGGUGAACACAACAACACCGCUCCCGAACGAGCACCGUCGUUCAACAAGAGCGUGGAAAUGCCUAACGUGGUCGUGAAACCAGCCGGAAAUAUGUUACGUCUGAGAUGUCCAAGUUUCGGGAACCCAAGACCGAACAUCACCUGGUACAAGAACAACGAGGAACCGAGGAGAACGCUUGGUACCGUGGUGAUGACCAAGUGGACCUUCAGACUGGAGGAUUUAGUACCUGAAGACAGCGGAAAUUAUACGUGCGUCGUGUGUAAUUAUCUGGGAUGCAUAAACCGCACUUCGAAGGUCGAUAUUGUCGAGAGCGUGAAACAUCGGCCAAUACUGACCAGGCCGCCAAGAAACACGACGGUUCUGAUAGGAGCCAACGUUACUAUGACCUGCGAGGUUCUCUCGGACGCACAUCGCCACCUCGAAUGGUAUCACGGUUAUCACACCUCUUUCGACACUGUCAACAAAACCAAUCAAAGUUUCCGGGUGGAGGUCAAGGCGGAGGGCACAGAGAAUCCUGAAGUACUGAAGUUGUACAACGUGACCGAAAAGGACGAAGGAUGGUACACCUGUAUCGCGCAGAAUGCUUUGGGGGAAACUUUCAGCAGCGCCUAUCUUCGAGUUGUCGAAUCUCUGGAAGAACAAGGAAUGCCGAUAACAGCGAAACCACAGAUCCUCGUGAACGUUCUCGCAGCCGUCCUCUUCAUUUUCUUCGCCGUAGGCGUGGUGGUUGUAAUAUAUAUCUUCCACCGAUUAAAGCGCGAAAAGAUGAAGAAAUUGCUGGCUAUCGAGACCGCAAGAGCCGCGGUCGUCACUCAAUGGACGAAGAAGGUGAUCGUCGAGAAACAGAACCUGGUGAACGCUCAGAACGUUCAAGAACCUCUGCUGAUGCCUGUGGUGAAGAUCGAGAAACAAAAGUCGACUGUCGCCGCGGAGGACAGCAACGGAGGAAGCAUCUCAGAGUACGAACUUCCGGUAGACAGUGCUUGGGAAUUGUCCAGGGAGCAUCUAAUGUUGGGAAAUACUUUGGGAGAGGGUGCUUUCGGAAAAGUCGUCAGGGCACAAACGAAUACUGGGAAACCUGGAAUUCCUAAUGUUGUGGCGGUCAAAAUGCUGAAAGAGGGUCACACGGACGCAGAGAUGAUGGACUUGGUCUCCGAAAUGGAGAUGAUGAAGAUGAUCGGCAAGCACGUGAACAUCAUCAACCUGCUAGGCGCGUGUACGCAAGGAGGACCGUUAUACGUUGUCGUGGAAUUCGCGCCACACGGUAACCUGCGAGAUUUCCUUCGAGAUCACAGACCGUCUUCAGGGUACGAGCCAACGAUCGGACAAGAGCCGAAGGAAAAGAAAACGCUCACUCAAAAGGAUUUGGUGUCGUUCGCGUAUCAAGUGGCCAGGGGUAUGGAGUAUCUGGCUAGCCGAAGAUGUAUCCACAGGGAUCUGGCUGCCAGGAAUGUCCUGGUCAGCGACGAAUACGUACUGAAGAUCGCUGACUUUGGACUCGCCAGGGAUAUCCAUUGCCACGAUUAUUACAGGAAAACCACAGAUGGCCGACUUCCGGUCAAAUGGAUGGCGCCUGAAGCUUUGUUUCAUCGGGUCUACACCACUCAGUCCGACGUAUGGUCGUACGGAAUUCUGUUGUGGGAGAUCAUGACACUGGGUGGCACUCCUUAUCCGUCCGUACCGUCCGUGGAAAAAUUGUUCCAGUUACUGAGAACUGGACAUCGAAUGGAGAAGCCACCGUGUUGUUCCAUCGAAAUAUACAUGUUGAUGAGAGACUGCUGGAGCUAUCAGCCUAACGAAAGGCCAAUGUUCGGUGAACUGGUCGAAGAUCUCGAUAGGAUAUUGACGAUAACUGCGAACGAGGAAUAUUUGGACCUUGGUCUUCCGCAAUUAGAUACACCACCCUCCAGUCAGGAGUCCAGCGACGCGGACGACGACGAGGGUGAAGAAAAAUUUCCAUACCUGCUAUGAACUCGUCGAAACGAGAAGCGAAAAUAAAAAGAAAGAAUACCAAACUGUAAAAACUGAAGAACAACGAUGAAUUAAGGAAAAAGCACUGAGGUAUGGAAGUCGAUCGACUGACCUAACGAACACGCCAAAUAAUAUAAAUCAGUAUUGACCUGUUAGCGCGUAUCCUGUAGUGUUAAGGAAGACGAAAAGAAUGAUUAUCAAACGAAACAACAAGAAACUCGAGGCCUUCGAGGAGACUGAUUUUCAUACGGAGAACACUGUAUUUAUUUUCCCAUUAUCCUGUAGAAUCCUGAUCUUCGAAACGUUGGAACAUCGUGGAAUAUUUCACGGAUAUCCGUUCGAUCGAGCAUAUUUAUUGAACACUUUCGGUGCAUCGACGAGUAACGGUGGUUCUCUAACCCAAAGCGUUUCAACGUCCAAGAAUUUUGUACAUGUUAUUACCGUGCCAUUAACAAGUGCCUUGGGAACAGCCGUAACUAGGCAAGGGGACGUGUGGCCAUAUAUCGCGUGACUAUACAACGCGUACAAAAAGUGACAAAAACAAUGCGUGGCGAUUUGACGCGCAAGAAAAUAUGACGCGUGGUAAUGUAAUACGUGAUAAAUACAACGUGUGAUAAUUGGAUGCGUGGCGAUAUAACGCGUGGCAAAGUAAAAUUGAUCCCCUUGCGAAGAGAAAUUCUAGUUACGCCAAUGGAAGAAUUGGAGCAUCCAGUUCCAGUCAGGGCUUUUGUUACCCAAAGGAUAGAGGAAAGAGGGAAGAGAUAAUUUACACAGGAAAUCGAUUUAUCUCGAUGCGAAACGUGUUUAUAACUAGUCAAUUGAUACAGUUUUACGUUUCUCUGUAACAUAGUAGUAAACGAUAAAUACAUAUACGUGUAGCGUUAAGUGUUUUUACAUACGUGAAAUGGACACUCAAUUUUCGCGUAUUUUCUAGGAUUUUUAUGUUUACGGGAGAUGAAUCGCGUUUGUACAAAUUUUAAAUUUGAAAAUUUCAAUGAAAUUUUGCACAGAAAAUCGUGUCGAAAAUACUUUUGUAAUUUUAUAGCGUGAAUUGCGCGGAUUCUGCGAUUUACAAAACUUCUGCAAGCAUAAUCGUCCAAGUCCGAUGUACACAAAAAAAUGUGAAAGAUGUAUAAAUGAUGCAUGCGAGAGGCGAUGUUUAGUCGUAGAUAAUUUAUUUCUUGUAUAUUGUUACUUAGGGCCUGUAUAGGGUUUCUUUCUCCGUUUUCUCUUUAUUCCUUUUCUUUUUUUGUAUCACGCGAAGAAUGUACGUGUAAAAUAAAAUAACAAAAUCGACACACACCGCGUUGAGUAUAUAAACGAGAGUAUAUAAACGUGCGUCCGUACAGUCGGAAACUUUGUAUAUAGCGGCGAUAACUGUUUAUUUAAAAGAAAGAAGCGUUUCUCUUGUUACCCGACACACCUAAAGGUAGCCAGUAAAUCAGCAUUUACCAAGGUAGGAUCGUAUUGUAUAGUCUGUGCAGAUAUUCGAUUAUUAUUGUAACGUGAAUUUCGUCUAGAAUAAAUCACUGGAAACUGUACCCACAUUA